AUGGAAUUUGCCAAAGUAAUUCAAAAUGAAGCGGUACAAGAAUGGAAAGAAAAAUACAUCGACUAUAAAGGCCUUUCGAGAAAGUUAAGGGAGGUUAGAUGGUCGAUACAACUUAGAAAUAAUCAAUUACAUGAAACCACACAUAUUCCUUUUCCUCCUAAGUCACCUAGAUCAGCAACACGAAGGUACUCGUUGUCUUCACAAGUAAUGAGUAUAAAUAGUGUUGCAGAAAGUGCAAAUAGUUUGCUUAGUAAAGUGUCUCAUAAGUUGUCGAAUUUUUCGCAUUGGAUAAAGCCACCUUCGAUUCACGAACCCCCACCAAGAGAUCCCAUCACGUCCAUUGAAACAUUUCUGGAACAAUCGAGCCCUGAGGAAAGCAAAUUUAUCGUAGCAUUAGACAAUGAGUUGGAAAAAGUCGCACGUUUUUACACAAGAAAAGAAGGGGAAAUAAUUUACCUUUUCGAAAAGUUAAAAAAAUACCAUGAAAGCAUAAAAAAUUCGAAAGAAUUUAAAAGACCAAAGACAAUGUCUCUCGGAGAAUGGGCUCCCAAAUUCUUAAGAAAUUCAUCAUAUAUAGAGUUUCCAAAUGAACAGCUUCGAAACUCUAAAUAUAAAAACGCACAAAAAAAAAUAAAAAAAGCAGCAUUCGAAUUAUAUCGAGGUGCAGAAUUAUUAAAAAACUAUCGACAACUUAAUAAAAAGGGCUUCAAUGAAAUUUUAAAGAAAUUUGAUAGAGUAACAGGACUGAAUGGAAGUGAAAUUUAUAUGCAGAGAGUUUCAGAACGUAGUUUUGUAAAAUCCAAAGGAUUAAACAGACUAAUGAGAGAAAUAGAGACCUUUUACGUUCGCCAUUUCGAUGAAUCACGAGAACAAGCGGUUAGGAAACUCAAAUCGCAUAAUAGAAAGAAUCCACACCAUAAUGCUGCAUUGCGCGCGGGAUUAUGUCUAGGACUCGCAUUUGUUUUCUUGUAUAAUGUGGCUACUCUCUAUAUUUCACUAAAUCCAAACAUGAAUAUUUCACUUAUUUCAAAUCAAAAUGAUCCAAAUGAAAGUGAUGAGGAUUUGUUGCAUUUAAGGUUCUAUUUAGGGCUAUUUAUUCCAACAAUUUUUUCUUUGCUUCUCGGCGUUGCUAUUUCUUGGUGGACAAAAGUACAUAUAAACUACAAAUUUAUAUUCGAACUUGAUCCGAGUGAUAAUCUGGGUGUCUAUGAAUAUUUAGAGGGUCGUAUCAUAGCUUCCUUUUGGUUUGGUGUCGAAUUUCGAGAUUUCUUUAUUGCUGAUGUAUUGAACAGCUUAUCUUAUACCUUUGUUGCUAUACAACUGUCUUUUUGCUAUCCAUUGGACGGGCUUAAAACUCACUGUAACGAUUCGAGUUACUUUAAAGCAAUUUCUACGAAUAUUGUUGCGCCUUUUCUGAGCUCUAUCCCUGCAUGGUUACGUAUAGCUCAAUGUUUAAAGCGUCUUUGGGACACUAGAGAAAUGAUACAUAUGAUCAACGCUUUGAAAUAUGCGUCAACCAUAUUAUCAAUGGUUUUAUUUUGGUCGUUAUUAAGAGACAGUAACAACGGUUUUCUAAAAGGAUGUUGGAUCAUAUCUCAAAUUAUUUCCUCUACAUAUACAUUUAUUUGGGAUGUCAAAAUGGAUUGGUCUUUAUUACAGAUUCAUUCUUCUAACUAUUUGUUAAGAGACGAACUAGGAUAUAAAAAACCAUAUCUAUAUAGAGCUGCUAUCGUUAUCAAUUUGUUUCUAAGGUUUUCUUGGGUUCUGAUUUUAUUUUCGAGUGGCAAUAGAUAUUAUUAUAUUAUCGGAAUUAUAAUGGCCUUCUUAGAAAUUUUGAGACGUUGGAUGUGGAGUUUCAUCCGCGUUGAAAAUGAGCACGUCGAUAAUUGUAAAGGAUAUCGUGCCAUUAAAGAAAUACAUUCCCUUUUCAUUUAUUCUGACGGAAUAGCCGAGUCAAAUAAUGAAAAUUAUCCGGUUGACACAAUAGGUGUAGACGAAAGGUUAGAAGCUCAAAGAUCAAGAUUUGAUACAAUAAUGAGAGGAUGGGUGAACCGGUCCAUGAGUACGAGAGUUAGUAGAAAAACUAAAUGGAGAGAUUUUAAUCCAAGAUAUGACAGGAAUGAAGAAUU